AUGAGGCCGCAGCUGAUGAAGGGUCACGAGAGGCCGCUGACGUUCCUCAAGUACAAUCGCGACGGCGAUCUGCUGUUUUCCUGCGCCAAGGAUCACCAACCCACCGUGUGGUACACGGAUAAUGGCGAGCGCGUCGGCACGUACAAGGGCCACAACGGAGCCGUGUGGACGUGCGACGUCUCACGCGACUCCAAGAUGCUUAUAACGGCGUCGGCGGAUCAGAGCAUGAAGCUGUGGGAGGUCGAGACGGGAACGCCGUACUACACCUUCACCAUGGACGGCCCUGCGCGCUCCGUCGCGCUCGCGGAGGGCGAGCAGCUCGCGGCGAUCACGGUGGACCCGUUUAUGGGCAGCGUGCCGGCCAUUCACGUCAAGCGGAUCAAGGAGGGCAGCCGAGAACAGGAGGAAGAGUCAGUGCUGCAGAUCACGGGUCCCCAGGGCCGAAUCAUGCGCUGUGUGUGGGGCCCUCUCAACCAGACGCUCAUAGGCACGGGGGAGGACUGCAUCAUCCGCAUGUGGGACGCAGAGACGGGCAAGCUGCUGCGAGAGACGGAGCCGGAAGUGGCGCACAGCAAGACAGUGACGUCACUGUCCAAGUCAGCAGACGGGUCGCACUUCAUCACAGGGUCGUUGGAUAAGUGUGCCAAGCUGUGGGACACACGCACACUGCGUCUGCUCAAGACGUACCAGACAGAGCGACCCAUCAAUGCCGCUGACAUCUCCCCUCUCUUCGACCAUGUGGUGCUGGGAGGAGGACAGGAUGCUGCAUCUGUCACCACCACUUCGUCCCGAGCAGGCAAAUUCGAAGCCGUCUUUUACCACAAGGUAUUGGAAGAAGAGAUUGGCCGGGUGAAGGGCCAUUUCGGCCCGUUGAACGCUCUUGCGUUUGGCCCUGAUGGACGAAGCUUUGCAAGCGGUGGAGAGGAUGGUUAUGUCCGACUUCACCACUUCGACAAUGACUACUUCCAUAUUCGAGUCUAG